GGAUUAUUUACUAAAAUCAGUUCACCGCAUUGCCCGCAACUCACCGGGAGACGGCGGCUUUCUACCUGUCAGUUUCCUCUACGCACGCGGACACGCGCACGCGCACACAAAAUCAAUCCUGUCAUUCUGCAAAAGCAUGACAGCGGAUUGGCUGCGUGCGCGCACAUUUCAAUGCAGCUUGUCAACGCAUCUUCUCGCAGUCACCACCGGAUGGGAGGAGGAGAGGAGGAGGAGGAGGAGGAGGAGGAUAGCGUAGCCAGGGGAGACAGCGAGGUGGAGGCAAGUGGUGGAGGGAGCGGGGCUGCGAAGGUGCAGCCAAAUCUACACCCAGACAAUCAGACGAGGGGGAUUUCUUUCUAAAAGAAAUGCUUUUCACGGGGCCUUGACGUUAAGCGACUAUAUCCAGUCAUCCACUGCUCCUGACGCGCAAGGCUGCCCCAUAACGCCUUUAGUCACCACCACCGCCGGGGGAAGGGAUGACAUAUUGGUGCUUGAUUAUACAUAGCGCACACUAAUUCUAUCAAAGUGUGCCAUUUGCGACUCCACGGUGAAGAGAGAGGAGGCGGGGGAGGCAAACUAUGAUCCGAGGAUGAUUUCUGCCAAGAAAACUCCGGAGAAGAGUCGCUACCCCGUCCACUAUUUGGUGUGGCACAACAAGCACCGACAGCUGGAGAAAGAGCUGGCAGCGAACGAGCAGACUGAUUUGGAGUCUCUGGACCCCCGCGGUCGGACUCCUCUCCACCUGGCCGUCACCCUUGGUCACCUGGAGUGCACCAGGGUCCUGCUGCAGAAUGGAGCUGACGUGAGCAAGGAGAACCGCAAUGGAUGGACCGUUCUUCAGGAGGCGGUGAGCACCAGAGAUCCGGAGUUGGUGCGUCUCGUGCUCCGUUACCGUGACUACCAGAGGACUGCCAAGAGACUGGCGGGCAUCCCCGUCCUGCUGGAGCAACUGCGCCAAGCCCAGGACUUCUACGUGGAGAUGAAGUGGGAGUUUACCAGCUGGGUGCCCCUGGUGUCCCGGAUCUGCCCCAGCGACACCUACCGAGUGUGGAAGAGCGGCCAGUGUCUCCGCGUCGACACCACGCUGAUGGGCUUCGAGCAGAUGACCUGGCAGCGAGGAAACCGGAGCUUCAUUUUCAGGGGACAAGACUCCAGCGCCGAGGUGAUGGAGGUCGACCACGACCGGCAGGUGGUGUUCUGCGAGACCCUGUGCGUCUCCUCCCUCGCGUCGCUGUCGCCCGGCCGGGGGAACGGCGCCGCCUGCAGCAGCACCGACGCCGGCCUGGGCCUCCUGGGUGCGGUGCAGCCCAGCGACGAGCAGGUGGCGGGCAGGCUGUCGGCGCCGGUGGUGACCACGCAGCUGGACACCCGCAACAUCGCCUUUGAGAGGAACAAGACGGGAAUCCUGGGCUGGAGGAGCGAGAAGACCGAGGCGGUGAACGGAUACGAAGCCAAGGUGUACGCUGCCUCCAACGUGGAGCUGAUCACCAGGACCAGAACCGACCACCUGUCCGACCAGAACAAGAACAAGACAAAGGGCGGGAAGACUCCGCUGCAGAACUUCCUCGGUAUCGCGGAGCAACACAUGGGACCCAACAACGGGGCCCUGGUGACCCAGAUGUCGAGUCCGGCCGUGACCAACCCGGCGGCGCUGACGGCCGAGGAAUACUUCAACCCCGGCCUGUCACCGACUCAGAGGGACAUCGGCCACGCGUGCCAGCUCACCACCAAGACCCAGAGGUUCAAAGCCAAGCUGUGGCUGUGCGAGUCCCAUCCUCUGUCGCUGGCGGAACAAGUGGCGCCCAUCAUCGACCUCAUGGCGAUCUCCAACGCCCUGUUCGCCAAGCUGCGCGACUUCAUCACGCUGCGCUUGCCGCCCGGCUUUCCCGUCAAGAUCGAGAUCCCCCUGUACCACAUCCUGAACGCCAGGAUCACCUUCAGCAACCUGAACGGCUGCGAGGAGGGGACGACGGGCGGCCGCGUGGACAACGACGGGGUCGGCGGCGGCGGCGUGGAGGGGGACGGACAGAGAGACGCCCUCCCGAGGACGGACACCCCGUCUCCGGGCAGCGACUCCUCCAGCGUCUCCAGCUCCAGCUCCACGAUGUCGUGUCGAGCCGGGGAGAUUCCCCCGUGCGUGUUCGAGCCCCCGUCUGGAUACACCAUGCUAGGCGGCAAGCAGAGGGACAGCAUGAGGGACGAGGAGGAGGACCUGCUGCAGUUCGCCAUCCAGCAGAGUCUGCUGGAGGCCGGAUCCGAGUUCGACCAGGUUACCAUCUGGGAGGCGCUGACCAACAGCAAGCCGGGAACGCACCCCCUGUCCUGUGACCCGAGUCGUCUGGACAGGACCCCGCAGCACAAGCCCCGCCCCCCCUCCAGCCUCUCCUCCACGCCCUCCAAGAAGCCGCCGCCGACGACCCCCUGCAGCUACAACGAGCAGCUGCGCAUCGCCAUGGAGAUCUCGGCGCGGGAGCAGGAGGAGGCGGAGCUGCGGCGGCGGCGGGACGAGGAGGAGCUACAGCGCAUCAUCCAGCUGUCACUCAUGGACAAAUGAGAGCUGACGGAGGUGGGCGGGGCAGAGGGCGUCAGAAGGGAGGGGUCUGACAGCAAGGAAGCGUGGGAGAGAAAGCAGCGGCACAGGCCACUUUAAAACUUACAGCACAUUCUGUAAAGUGGCAGCAAACAAUCAUCCGAGCGGCUUUCGCCUUUUCUCUCCCGCCGCCUCCUUCGCCAGACCUCUCCCGUGAAGCCAUACAGCGACGACGACAACGCCGCCGCCGCGGAGAGAGGGGACGCCAUGUUGUUUCCUCCGUCUGGGGCCACACGGUACUUUUUUCUUGACCAGUGCCAGUUUACAAACCGACAGUACAACAGGUUUUUUCGAACGCCGCCCUGGAUGAGUGGUUUGUGUCUGUGUGUUUUCAAAACCAGCUCUCCGCACAGGGGUCAACAGGUCACCCGCAUGUCCUGUGUGUUCAGGCCAACUCUCUCCUCAACACUAACACACACACACACACUCACUUCUUUUCCAGUCCUGUCAUGUGAUUGGAGCAGUGACGAGUCGGGCGAAGGCGGCGUGGAGAACUCUCUCUCUCUCUCUCUCUCUGUUAGCUUCUCGGUCGAGUUGAGCUGAAUGUCGACGACGAAAACUUCCUGAGUUUUUACUGAAAACAAAUAAAGAACAAACUUUCUUUUUUUUUUGAUUUGCACAACUUUCAGAUGUACUGUACUUUAGCUUGUGGGUGGAUCACAUUUAUUAUGACUGUUACUUGGACGUAGACGAUGAGUGUGAGCACAAAGUAAACCUGACGUUAGACGCGCAGGAGGAGCACAGAUACUGUACGACGAGAUGAACACUCGCUGUUUCUGACUAACUGUACGAACGACUUGUAAUCCAAAACAAUAAAAAAAAAGGGAGAAAGCGCUCGUGGCUUGUUGUACGUGAAAGUGUAGAACUGAAAGAGAUUUUUUCUGUGUAUUUGCGUCUUCUUACUUUACAUGAGCAGAUGAUUCCUGUGUGUUCUUUUGUCCGACUUGAGUUCUGCCUGGAAUCCUGCAAGAUCCCAGCACAGACGGAGGUUUUGUGCAGCAACGUUUUGGUUUUAUCGCACAUUAAAAACUCAGCACAACAGGCUGGACACAGAAAAUAUUUAGGCCCCUAAUAUUUAAGAUGUAUGUGCAUAUAAAACUCAUUUUGGAUUAUACAGAUUUUAUAUCAACAAACUUAAUUUGAUGAAACGUGCAAGACUGAAAAUUCAUGAAAUUGUUUCAAAUAAACCCAAUGUGUUUUAAAAACACAAUAACCUGAUUUCUAUAUUUAUAAUCAACAAAUCCAAUUUCAAAUCCAUAAAAACGAAUUAAAAUCACACAAAGUAGAAGGAUCAGGAAGAUUGUUCAUUAUUGUAAGUUACUUCCUGUUGUUAAAAUUAUUGCAGAGCUCAAGGCUGAAAACACUGAGAAACAAGGGCCAGCUUGUUUGUUUUUUUGUUUUUCAUUGAAAGAAAUGUAAAACUUUCACACUCCAAUAUCAGCACAAUCGGAGGAGAAGCAUCUCGCUCUCCUCCGUGAUUAAGUCAAACUUGCCUGAUUGUGUUUUUUUUUUUACUUUUUACAAAAUGUUGGAGAGAAAAGCGACGCAGCCAGAUGUUUUCAUGAUGUAACGCUGGAAAGUGAAUUCAAGAUUAUGAGACAAAUAAAGAAACAAUCUUUUGGA